AUGUCCAAGACAGAAGGGGACAUCAUCGCGUCCGAGGCUGCCGCGCCUCAGUCUGGUCGUGACUAUGACUCCGAGAAGAACGGCGACGUCUACGACGCCAAGAUGGACAAGAUCCUCGACUUCGCAAAGUCCGCGACCGAAAAGGAGCAGAAGAUGACCCUGCUGCAGGGCAUCAAGCUGUACCCCAAGGCCAUCCUCUGGAGUAUGCUCAUCUCAACCUGCAUCGUCAUGGAGGGCUACGACGUUUGCCUCAUCAACAACUUCUACGCUUUCAACCAGUUCAACCGCAAGUACGGCAUCCAGCUCGCAGACGGCACCUAUCAGGUCCCUGCGGCAUGGCAAGCCGGCCUGUCCAAUGGCGCCAACGUCGGCGAGCUGAUCGGCUUGCUCAUCAACGGUUUUGUCUCGGAACGCUUCGGGUACAGGUGGACCGUCAUCGCCUGCCUGGGCCUGAUCUGCUGCUGGACCGCCCUGUUCUUCACUGCCCAGAACGUGCAGACCCUUCUGGCUGCCGAAAUUCUCUGCGGAAUCCCAUGGGGUGUCUUCCAGACCUUGACCGUCACCUACGCCUCCGAGGUCUGCCCCGUUGCCAUGCGAGGAUACCUGACGACCUACGUCAACUUUUGCUGGGGCCUCGGCCAGGAGAUCGGCAUCGGCGUCAUCAUGGCCAUGCUGAAGCGCGAUGACGAGUGGGCCUACCGCAUUCCUUACGCUCUGCAGUGGAUGUGGCCCGUCCCGUUGGCCAUUGGCAUCUUCUUCGCGCCCGAAUCCCCCUGGUGGCUCGUCCGCAAAGGCCGCACCGAGGAGGCCAAGAAAUCACUACUGCGACUUACGAGCCGGUCGCACGAGAGCGACUUCGACGCUGACGAAACCGUUGCGAUGAUGGUACACACCACCGCCCUCGAAGAGAAGACAACAUCUGGCGCGAGCUAUCUCGACUGCUUCAAGGGCCACGACCUGCGCCGUACCGAGAUCGUGUGCAUGGUCUGGGCCAUCCAGAAUCUUUCGGGCAACUCCUUCUCCAAUUACUCCACAUACUUCCUCGAAUCAGCCGGUCUGAGUGACACCUCGGCCUAUGGCUUUGCCCUGGGCCAGUACGGCAUGAACAUGGUCGGCGUGUUUGGUGCAUGGGGCCUCAUGACCCUCGGCAUUGGUCGACGAUCCCUGUACCUUUACGGGCUUUGCGGCCUCUGCAUCAUGCUCUUCGUCCUCGGCUUCCUUGGUCUCGUACCAGCCGCCCACAAGAACGAGGCCUCGAUUGCUACCGGAUCCAUCAUGCUCGGCUGGGCACUGUGCUACCAGCUCACCGUCGGAACGGUCUGCUACUCGCUCGUCGCCGAGAUGUCCUCGCGCCGCCUGCAGAUCAAGACCGUCGUGCUGGGACGUGUGCUGUACAUCAUCGUCGGCAUCGUCUGCAGUGUGCUCACGCCUUACAUGCUCAACCCCAGCGCCUGGAACUGGAGCAACUUUGCUGGGUUCUUCUGGGGCGGCAUCUGCUUCUGCUGCAUCGUCUACACAUACUUCCGUGUGCCCGAGCCCACCGGCCGUACGUUCGCCGAGCUGGACAUGCUCUUUGAGCAAGGCGUGUCAGCGCGCAAGUUCGCGUCCGCGAAGAUCGAUGCCUUUGAGGAGAAUGUCGACGGCUCUGUUAUGGACCAUUACAAACAUGACAUUGCCGCUUCGCAUCGGGAAAGGCAGAGCCAAGGGAGCCGCCAGUCGUAA